GCUCGUCCUGCUCAUUCAUCUCCUGACUUGGGCGUUGGACUCGGCAUCUUUUUGACUCGCGGGAUUCCUGCCUUUGCAGCCCGUCUGCAGCGCCGCGGAGCCGAACGCGGAUCUCCGGUGUCCCGCUGACUCAGCCAGCAGCUUCCCGCCUCUGCAGCUGGACUCUACUCCGGUUCUCCCGCGAAGUUUUUCUGUGUUUGAGAAGGAGCCAGCGGGGGGGGCAGCCGCGCGUUGCUUUUCAACAAAGAGCUCGCGAGUCUUUGUUCGUUCCGCGGAUCUCCCGGUUGGAGCCAGGAGGAUGGGAGCGCAACUGUCCAAGAGCCCCGGGGAUGCGGAGACGGGCGUGGAGAGAGCCGGGGAGGCUGCAGCGACCCCCGCCAAGGCCAACGGACAGGAGAACGGGCACGUCAAAGUGAACGGGGACGCCUCUCCUGCAGCAGAGGAGGGGAAGCAGGAGCCUCAGGCGAACGGGACUGCCCCGGCCGAGGAGAGCCCCAAAGAGGAGCCAGAGAAGGCGGAGGCCGCCCCUGCUGAGACUGGGGCUGCAGGUGGGGAGAAGGCGGAGGCGGCACCUCCUGCUCCCGCUGAGGGUGAAGCAGGAGCCAAGCCGGACAACAGUGCCACUCCAUCCACCAGCAAUGAGACCCCCAAAAAGAAGAAGAAAAGAUUUUCCUUCAAGAAAUCUUUUAAGCUGAGCGGCUUUUCCUUCAAAAAGACCAAAAAGGAGACGGGUGACGGGGCCGAGAACGAGGAGGCGGCAGGAGCAUCUGCAGGGGGGAUCAAGACCGACAACCCAGAAAACCCCGCAGAGGACAAGCCCGCUGAGGGGGGCGCGGAAGCAGCCAAGGAGGAGGCAAAGCCCGAGGAGGCACCUGAAGGGGAGAAGCCUGCAGAUGAGCCAAAAAGUCAAGAGAAGCCGACUGAUGUGGUCACCAAAGUGGAGGAGGUUCCUAGUGUAGAGGAGGUUUCCAAAAAAGAGGAGGCUCCUAAAGUGGAAGAGGUCCCCAAAGUGGAAGAGGUCCCCAAAGUGGAAGAGGUCCCCAAAGUGGAGGAAGCUCCCAAAGUGGAGGAAGCUCCUAAUGUGGAGGAGGCUCCUAAAGUGGAGGAGGCUCCUAAAGUGGAGGAGGCCCCUAAAGUGGAAGAGGCCCCCAAAGUAGUGGAGGAAGCACCAAAAGUGGAGGAACCCUCCCAGGAAGCAUCAGAAGCUCCAGCGCCUGAAGCUGAAGAAUAAAAGGCAGAAGAGGACGGAAUGAUCCAGAUAUUCAGAGCAGACUCGCCCGUGUGUACGCCGGAGAGCUGGGUUCAAAGGACUCACCUGCCAACCAGGAGAUUUUCAAGCUUUUCCUUCUAAUCUCAGACCCCCCCCCACUCCUCCACCUUACAAAACCCCCCCUGGUCCUUCGGGCCGGGAAGGUGGGUGGCUUCGGAUCGUCAACAUCAAUUUUUACAUCAGUAUUAAUAACUUUUAUUUUUCUACAACAAUGGGGGUGACACACUGGUGGGGAUGAAAGGGGCGGGGCUUCAGCCAUAGAUGAGGAAGAACAGAAACUCUGCAGGAUCGACAACACUAAGUCUCCAGAGUCGGUCCGGUGCCUGGAGUCCAAGGCCCGGAGAGCUCUGCAGGACAGCAGACGUGCUCACAGGAACUCCACUUCUCAUCAGCUGUGAUUCAAAUAGGCUUUUAUUGCUCAUUGCUGGUUUUCUGACCGUGAUGAAAGUGUAAGUAUGUAUAGGAACACUGUUUUUAACUGUGAUUAUUGUACAAAAGCAGAUCUCUAGGAGCAGACAAAGUUUGCAGCCGUGUUUUCCACCGCGAGACUCUCGCUCAGACAGCACAGCAGAGGGGCUCUCAUGGAAAACUGGGACCUCUCUUUCCUGUGGACUCGACCUGUCGGAUGCAAAUGUUGCUGAAGCAUCUUGUAACUUUUUCUUGUUUCUUUUCUUUUGUAAAUAGUGGAGAAGCUUGACAGAUUCUGCUCAGAUGGAAUGUUACCUUCUCCUGCUUCAGGUGUUUGGGUUUUCAAUAAAAGCAAAAAAAGGAAUAAAUCUGAAUAAAAUUUCAGCUACAUCA